UACCACUGCAUUUUACAUCAAGAACAACUAUGUGCUAAAUCUGUCGGGCUUGUGGAUGUGAUGCGUGACGUCGUCAAAAUUGUCAACAAUAUACGCUCCAAGGCGCUUUCUCACCGACAGUUCAAGACACUGAUGGAUGAGAUGGAUGCGCAGUAUGGUGAUGUGUUGUACCACCAGGAGGUCAGAUGGCUCAGCCGUGGAAAAGUUCUCAGGAGAUUUUUUGAUCUGCGUGAUGAGAUCAGAGUUUUUCAGGAAAGCAAGGAUGGUAACAUUCAAGUGCCCACAGAUAAGAAAUGGCUCUCUGACCUGGCUUUCCUUGUGGAUGUAACAGAGUUGCUCAAUAUUUUGAAUGUUCAGCUCCAGGGAAAGGACCAGAUUAUCACCCAGCUUUUUGAUCACGUCAGAGCCUUCAAACAAAAACUACUGCUGCUCAGAAGACAUCUCUCAGCAGGAAAUUUAGUUCAUUUUCCCUGUCUUGGAGAGGUAGGCAUGGUGAAAGAGAAGGGCCAUGAGUAUGAUUCUGUUCUCAGCAACCUUAUUCAGGAGUUUGACAGCCGCUUUGAGGACUUCAGACAUAGCACUGCUGACUUUGAGUUGUUUGCUCAACCCUUCACCAUCAGUGUGGAUGCAGUCAGAGAUGAUCUUCAGAUGGAACUAAUUGAGCUUCAGUGUGAUUCAGAACUGAAACACAAGUUCACAUCCCUUCCCUUGACAGACUUCUACAAAUGUGUCCCAGCUAACAGGUACCCAAAGAUGUGUAAGCAGGCACAAGUGAUGCUGUCUCUGUUUGGCAGUACCUACCUCUGCGAGCAGACUUUCAGUCUGAUGAACUUGAACAAGAGUAAACUAAGAAGCCAAAUAACUGACUCUCACCUACAUAAUAUAUUGUCUUUGUCUGUAAGUCAGCUAUAG